GCACGUCAAGCGGAGAACAUGAUGCCUCUUUGCGAGUCAACUCUGCCUGAUAGAAGGGACAUCAAGCCGAAACAUUAGCGCCCCAUUGUGCCCGAAGAAAGGUGUCUGUUGGUGACAGACGGUGGGGAAAAGACAAAAAGAUUAUUUAAAAAAUGUCGCCGCAGCUGCUGUGAAGGAGAGUGUCGUCACCUUCGCCGGACCACUCAUUUUUAAUGGACACGCUUCCAGUGGUGGCUAUGGUGGUGGUUAGUGGUUUGUUUUUGCGCUUUAUCUCUAACGGCUCAAGGAAGCGUGUGUGAGCCCCCAGCAGCACCGCCACUACACCGCUACCACCGCCCCCAGUGUGUGUGCGUGCGUGCGUGUGUGUGUGUGUUCCUGCUUGUCUGCCGUCGAGAACAGCAUGGUCAUGGCUGACAGCGUCCACAAGCCGCUGCUCCGGGGUCCAGUCCGUGUGGGCUUCUACGACAUCGAGCGCACGUUAGGAAAGGGCAACUUCGCAGUCGUCAAACUGGCCCGACACCGCAUAACCAAGACGGAGGUGGCCAUUAAGAUCAUUGACAAGACCCAGCUGGAUGCAGUCAACCUGGAGAAGAUCUACAGAGAGGUUCAAAUCAUGAAGAUGCUGGACCAUCCGCACAUCAUCAAACUCUACCAGGUGAUGGAGACAAAGAACAUGCUUUACCUGGUCACAGAGUACGCCAAGAAUGGGGAGAUCUUUGACUACUUGGCAAAGCAUGGCCCUCUCAGCGAGGUGGAGGCCAGGAGGAAGUUCUGGCAGAUUCUGUCAGCAGUGGAAUACUGUCACAACCGCAACAUUGUUCACCGGGACUUGAAAGCCGAGAAUCUACUGCUGGAUGGCCACAUGAACAUCAAAAUUGCAGACUUUGGAUUUGGCAACUUCUUCCAGCCUGGCGAGCCUCUGGCCACAUGGUGUGGAAGCCCACCCUACGCUGCUCCUGAGGUCUUUGAGGGCCAACAGUAUGAGGGCCCUCAGCUGGACAUCUGGAGUAUGGGGGUGGUGCUGUAUGUAUUGGUGUGUGGUGCCUUGCCCUUCGAUGGACCCACUUUGCCUGUGCUCCGACAACGAGUCCUGGAAGGAAGGUUCCGCAUCCCCUACUUCAUGACCGAAGACUGCGAGCAUCUUAUCCGCAGGAUGUUGGUUCUGGACCCCUCAAAGCGUCUCUCCGUUGCCCAGAUCAAAGAGCACAAGUGGAUGGCGCUAGAUGUUCCGGUGCAGCGGCCCGUUCUGUACCAGCAGCCAGCACCUGCUGAGGGAGAGGCGGGUGUAGGCGAGUACAGUGAGCAAGUCCUUCGCUUAAUGCACAGCCUUGGCAUCGACCAGCACAAGACUGUAGAGUCUCUGCAGAACAAAAGCUACAACCACUUUGCUGCCAUCUACUACCUGCUGGUGGAGCGUCUCAAGGCCCAUCGCUGCAGCUUCCCGGUGGAGCAGCGGUUGGACGCCCGUCAGCGGCGACCCAGCACAAUCGCUGAGCAGACUGUCGUCAAGUCGACCAGCAGUUCGGCCCAGGUGGGUUUGCUGCCACAGGGGGUCCGUCUGCUGCGCUCCCCUGCGGUGCCACAAGCCGCCUCUGAUGCGUUCACCUUCGCGCAGCCUGCCUGUGCCCUGGAGCAGAGUUUCAUGGCUGAGGAUGUCAACACGCCCAAAGUGAACGGCUGCCUACUGGACCCCCUGCCUCCCACCACUGUGCUCCGCAAGUCCUCCACCUCAUCGCCUAGCAACAUGAUGGAGACGUCGAUUGAUGAGGGCGUCGAGACCGAGGAGCCCGACGCGGAGGAGGAUGCGCCCCAACUGCUCCUGGCCUAUCAGACGUCUCGCUUUGGCCAAAGGCGACACACCCUCUCUGAGGUCACCAACCAGCCGGGGGCAUCGACACAGGGUAAAUUUUUUGCCUUGGGUCACAACCCCUCCAUGGGUAGCGUGGACUCUGACAUGGGUUACGACAUGGGGUCCAUGCACAGUGACCUCAGCCUACUGGAGGACCCCCCAUCACUCAGUGAGGUGGUAUUGGCCAACAGCACGGCCUCCCGUGUCCCCACGGCGUCAUUCCUGAGCGCCCGGCCUGCCAACCUGGCCAUGGCCGCCCUCACCUCACAGCACAGGGAGACCCACAACCGCUCGCCCAUCAGUUUCAGAGAAGGACGCAGAGCCUCUGACACCUCGCUCACACAAGGUUUGGUUGCCUUUCGACAGCACCUCCAGAACUUGGCACGAACCAAAGGCAUCCUGGAGCUGAACAAAGUCCAGAUGCUGGUGGAGCAGAUGGGCUCCGGGGAAGGGGCUGCCAUGGGCCCACCGGGACCCCAACAUCACUUGCACAACCUCCUGGAGGGUGAGGCUUCCAAGCAACAGGAGGGCCCAACUUUAUACCAAGGUGGGCCACCGACCCCCCACCUAUCACGCAGGCAAAGUUUGGAGACGCAGUUCCUCAGCCAUCGUCUGCAGCAGACGAGCGUUUUGGCAAACAGUCCUGCAAGCUGCCAAAUGUUCUGCAAGGACUCUCCUCGAAGUUUAGAGCAGCAACUGCAAGAACACAGACUGAACCAGAAGAGGAUGUACCUGCAGCAGUCCCAGGGUCUGGGUCUGCAGGCCUACUUCAACCAGAUGCAGAUCGCUGAAGCAUCCUACCCAGCAGGUGGCCCCGCUCUGGACCCGGCAGCCUCCCAGAACUCCUCCCAGGUUCCCCCAAUGGCGGCCCAACCUCAACCUCAGCAAUCGGGCAGCCAACAAGCCUCGCCGGCAUACAGCCACCCCCACUGCCUGACCCCCCUUAUGGAACCGAGUGAGGGUUCGGUGUACGACCCCUACAUGAGCCACCACCACUACACCCAGCACCUGCCUCCUGGCCCGCACCUUCAACACCUCCACCACCACCACCACCACCAGCCUCAUGAAAGCUACUGCUACCCUGUAGAGCAACAGCUCUCGGGCCUUUCCGCUGAAGCCCCGUCCCCUGGCCCUCAGUAUGAAUUCCCGUUGGACAUCGGCCUGCUCCCCACAUCCGCAACAAGGGAGGCGGAGGCUGGGCCCGGUGUGUCAAACGCCGAGCAGGGCCAGCCAGAAGGACUGGUUCUGUCUGAGCUGCAGAGCCCGCUCCUGGACAGCGAGAUGAUGGAGACGGUGGACUCGCAGCACGGCUUUGUGCUGGUCAACUGAAGCCUUGAAGCAGUAUUAAGCAAGGAGAGCUAAACAGCAUUAAGAGCAGGGAGCAACAGGGAGGGCACAGUGUUUAUUCUCGUACGACGAAUAGAAUUUCUUAGAACCUCGGAACAUCUUCGUACCAAAAUUCCCUCCCUUAGCUUACCUCCUUUUUCUCCCUCCACCACGGGGAGAGGGCGGGGGGUCGCUUGUCUGCGUGACGACAGCGACGAGUUGCGCAGCGUGUCGCACAGAAAUGGUUUGGAAGUGAACUGUUUUGGGACGGACUGGCAAACCAAAAGCACAAAAAGGCUGGCGGUGUUUUGCAUCUGAAAUAGGACACCUUCAACAGCUACUUUUAAAAGAGAAGAAGAGGAGGAAAUGUCCCUCGUUUAUCACGCCAGCACAAAUUCAAGUGUCUCAGGUGCACGGUAGCGAGCAGUGUGGUCGUACUGAUUACUGGCAACACUAACUAGUAAUGAUUCUAACAAUAAGUGCACAGUAUUUGGCAGGAAGCAGACUAUUUGUCUAUUUGCUCUUUAUUUGGAACUACUGAACCAAGUGGUACACUACUGAAAGGCUUCACUCAGCGUCGUGCAGCCGCUUGAGACAAGGAGCGCUUGAUUUGUGUCUCGGGAUGAAUGGGGGCUCCUUUAGUCAAAAUAUUCUACUUUUAUGUGGCAAUACUGAAGCAAUAUUAAUCCUCAAUGACAGCAAUGGACCGCUCACCUGAUUGGCUCUGGAGCUGGAGUGCAAGAUGGGAGUGCAUCAUUUUGUUUUUCUUUGUUUUGUUUUGCACACGUCAGAAAGAAUGUCACAUGACCAGUCAGCCGAGUGUCAUCGGCCGUGACUGAAAGGGAGGGCAGGAUGCUUCAGCGGCACGGGCUCCUCAUGAACGAAUGUAAACGAAAGACGGCGUAUGUGACCACCUCGUGACAGACAGCAGUGGUGGCAGCGGGAUGAGAGAUGUUUCUUCUUUUACUUUUUGUGUGGCUUCUUUAGCAGCACUCAGACUGUAAGGGAAUCCAGUUGAAGUAUCAGGCCGGCCAAGGUCACGUGGUUUCUUAUUCCGGUGUGUCGUCUGCAACCUGCAGGGAACGUGACUUUCUCGAAGAAGUGAGGCCUCUAAUGGGGGCACCAACGGUAGCAUCAAGUCAACACUUCAAGGUCAGAUCCACGCUUAGGACUUUUCUUUCAGCUCUUCAUGCAAAGUAAAAAGAGAAAAUACGCGUCACUCAUUUACCAGGGAGUAUUAGGGCCACGUUGAAAAGAAAAUACGUGCUAUAAAUAAAUAAAAAUAAUGUAAAUUUCCUUACGAUAGAGUUGGGGUUUACGAGGAAAAAAAGUCGUAAUUGUAGUCAUAGUCAGAUAAUAUUAUGUUAAAAAAAACUACAGUCACAGUUUACGAGAAAAAAGUUGUAGCCGUAAUAUUAAACAUAAGAUUUUUUUUUUUAAUUAGUUUUUUUUCUUGUAAAAACAUUGACUUGUCAUUUUAGAAUUAUAUCCUUGGAAAAUGUAAUUAGGACAUUUUCUCGUAAAAUGAUGAUUUCUAUUGCGAAAUGAUAACUAGUCUCUUUGUGACGGGACAACGUUUUUCUCUGUCCCCGACCGUUUUCAAGUCGUUUCGUUGCAAGGAAAUUCAAGUCGUAAUUUUACCCGAAUGAAGUCGUAAAGGUUUACAAGAAGCUUAAAGUCGUAAUUUCACGAGGAAGAAUUGAAAUGGUACAGGAGUCAUGUUGUUAUUGUCCAAGAAUGUAGUAAUAUUAUUAUGGCUACCGUAGUCAUAUUAAAUAUUACUUUUGAAAAUAUUUGGAUUCUGUUUUUUUUUGUCAAAUUUCCAACUUUUUCCAGUAGCAUUGCAAGGAAAUUCUCAUAAAAUUACGUCUUUUUGCUCAUAAUAUAAAAUUGUAACUAUUCUCCUUGUGACAUUACCAAUUACGAAUUGCAUGACUUUUUUUCAAGUCGUUAUGUUACAAGGAGAAAGUCGUAAAGGUUACAAGAAGAUUCAAGUCGUACAAAAAAUCCAGUUUUACAGGAAUAAUGUUGUAAUCGUCAUUUAAAUUUGUUGUAAAUUAAAUUUUGUUAUUUAAAUAUCGAUUUUUUUUUUUAAUUCUGAAUUUUUUUUUCAAGUUAAAUCACAACUAAAUACUUGUUAAAUUACGACUUUUUUUAACCUUCAAUUUGAACUAUUCUCCUUGUCACAUGACUUGUUUCUUAUGUUACUUUGUUUUCCAAGUCACUCUAGUCGCAAUUUUACCCGAAGAAAGUCAUAAAAGUUAUGAGGAAAAAGUUGUAGCGGUCGUAAUAGUAAAUAUUGGGGUAAAAAAAAUUGGAUUCAGUUUUUUUCGUAAAAUUGACAAGAUUAAUGUCAAAAUUUUACGAGAAUAAAGUCGUAAAGUGAAAGGCGUAAAUUCACAAGGACAAAAUUACAAUUUUACAGAAAUGUUGUAAUUUUACAAGAAUAAAGUCAUACAUUACACGGAAAAAGUUGUACCCGCAGUAAUUGAAUAUAUAUAUUUAUAGAUUAUUUUAUUCCGAUUUUUUUCUCGGAAAAUUGUAACUUUUUUCAAGUUACAUCACAACUAAAUUGUCAUUAAAUUUAGACUUUUUCACGUAAACUUGCGACUUUUUCACUUAAAAUUUUAACUGUUCUCCUUGUGACAUUACGACUUGUUUCUUGGAUGACUUUUUUUCAAGUCGUUGUGUUAUAAGGAGAUUAGUGUCGUAAAUUUACCCGGAGAAAGUCGUAAAGGUUACAAGAAGAUUCAAGUCGUAAUUUCACAAGGAAGAAUUACAAUUUUACAGGAGUAAUGUUGUACUUUUCCAAGAGUAAAGUCGUCAUUUUCGAGGAAAAAAAAUUGUAGCUGUAGAAAUAUAAAUUCUUUGUUCUUAAAAAAUUUGAUUAUUUUCUAAAAAUCAAAAAAAUUAGAUUUCAACUUUUUUCAAGUAACAUUACAACAAAAUUCUUACAAAAUUAGGACUUUUUCACCCUAAAAUUGCGACUUUUUCAGGUAAUAUCUUCUGAUAAAGUCAAGAAUAAAGUUAUAGGUUACGAAAAUAAAGUCAUACUCACAUUUUUUCUCGUAAAAUGUCAGUGUUUUUCAAGUAACAUUACAACAAAUUUCUUGUAAAAUUGCAACUUUUUCUCACAAAUUAGGCCUUUUUCAAGUAAAAUUGUAAUUGUUAUUUGUGUGACAUUACGACGUUAUUCUUAUGACAGUUUUUAUGUCGUUAUGUUGCAAGAAGAUUCAAGUCGUAAUUUUACGAGGGGAAAAAGGAACAAUUUUACAACAGUUAUGUUGUCAUUUUACCACAAUAAAGUCGUACCUUGUCGUAAUUUCGUAAGGGAAAAUUACAAUUUUACAAGAAUGAUGUCAUUUUCACUGAAUAAUUUGGUAGUUUUGGUAGCCAUAGUAAUAUGAAAUAUUUCUUCCAUAAAAUGUCAGCUUUUUUUGUCGUAAAUGUCGUAAUUUUACAGGAAUAGUCGUAACAAGCGAAGGUUUAACAGGAAUAAAGUCGCAGUUGUACAAAAAUGUCAAAGUUUUACAACAAAAAAAGUUCCAUUUGUUUAUAAAGAGGACUAAAUUAGGAAAAUUAUAAUUUUUUCGUGUAAUAUUCUGACUUUCCCGAGCAAAGUGUGCGACCUUUCUUGUAGAAUGAAUUGUAACAUCGUAGCUAUUUUCCUUGCAACAUUACGACUUUCUUCUUAUACAGGUAUGACAACUUUUUUCUCACGUCGUGAAAAGAAAACGUUGCUGUUUUGCGAAAGAAAAAGUACAAAGGUAAUUAUUUGUUAAGAUUACAACGUUUUUCCAGUGAAAUUACAACUUUAGCCUCACCAAAUUCUGACCUUAUUCAUGUAAAAAAGUUUUUUUUUCUUGUAAAAUUGUGACUUUUUGGUGUAAUAUUGUCACUUUAUACUCAUAAAAGUAUAAAAGUAGGACUUUUUUCCUCCCUAAAUGACAACUUCCAUCGCUUAAUAUUCAGAACUUUAAGGAGCUUUUUCUUGUACUUUUCUCACUUUUUCCCUUUCAAGGUUGGCCCUAAAAGUCCGUAUUCACUGCUCCUGUCUGGAGGGAGACGGUGAACAUGUUUCUUCCCUCCAGGGAUGAAAAAGAUGUCAGUCAACGGUGUUGCAAAAAGAAAAAGCAUCAGUGUGUGUUUUCUAAUCAUCCCCACAAGAUGUUGCAUUUUCUGGCUGUAGAAAAAUGUCCAAUUCACAUGACGAGAGAUAAUCCACAUGUCAAACUGGCCCACGGUGCACUUUGCCCACAAGGGGAUGGUAGAUGUAGCGACACAGGUGAAAGAACCUACCACAGCCCACCUUUCUGUCCAAAAAGGUAACUAAUUAGAAAGUGAGUGCUGAGUGUGCCUUUUACUUUUCAUACGGCUGUCUAAAUUCAGACAAACAUUACUAUUUUUUUUCCCCCUACAAAGUGAGUAGAGCCAUGUUUUUUUAUUUUUAUUUUUAAACAAAGGUACAGAAACCUCAGACGUUUACCAAUACGAGCCGCCACUGCACUUCUUUCACUUUUUUUUUUUUUUUACUUUUUGGCUCUGUGCCUGCACGUGGCAAACGUAUUCUAGCAAUAUUUGUCUCUUGGUGACGACUGAAAGUAGUAGUAGUAGUAGUAGUAGUAGUAGUAGUACUAGUAGUAGUACGAGGAGGAUGUGUUUCCUAGUACUUAUCACAUUUCACCACCACACCCUCCCUGCUGAUGAAACACAACAAGAAAUCGACUUUUCUAUUUACCCUCAUUGUUGUCGACCACACAUAAGCUAACUUGCUGUUGAGAUUAAAAGAUUUAUUGAACAGAUGAUUGCUGCUUUGUGU